CAUUUUGAACGAUGAUAAUGGUUAAACACCACAAAACUUGACAAGAACCGAAGAAGAUAACGUGCCUACUGAGACCUCGCUCCUACAAUGAUCGAGUACGAGAACUAAAAUGGCCGACUUCUCCGAAAAGACCGGCUUCCCGAAAAGCACGUGGCAAUUGUUUUUUAUCGAAAUACGUUAACAAAUAUUAUUCGUUGGAUGUAUAACUACUUAAUAAUUGAAAAUAAACAGCCACUAAACUUAAAUAUCAAUAUGAUUAACGUUAUUAGAAUAUAAAUGUUAAAAUUAGUUUGUAAAACAGAUGUUACGUCACAAAUCGAAAGUUCUAGAACCUAGAGGCAAUCUUUAAAUUUCAAAAGAAAAUACGGCUAACAUCUCAUAAUUCUAGUUUUAUAUUGUAAUAUUAUUUAAUAAUUAAAAAUUAAUAUUAAAUGAACAUAAUUUCAUUCAUUAACACCAUUUAAAGUAUUAAUUUAAAAAUCCAUAGAACUCAUCGAAAAAAAUGGCUGCCUAAAAGCGUGCUGAGGUUCUAGCUCAUUCUCCAUCAUUCCUAAGUCUGCUACGGUGGAGAUCGUUUCUAUUCUCAGUUGCUGUUUGAAUCUUUCACGUGUCUAAUUCUAAAAUGUAUAGAUUACCCACUCUGCUGAAGAAUUGUGCAAGUGCUAGGACAUUGCUAGCACGAGGUUAUGCUAAAGAUGUAAGAUUUGGUCCUGAAGUAAGGGGUUUAAUGCUUCAGGGAGUAGAUAUCCUAGCUGAUGCAGUUGCCGUGACAAUGGGGCCAAAGGGGCGAAAUGUGAUUCUCGAACAAUCCUGGGGCUCUCCUAAAAUUACCAAAGAUGGUGUCACGGUAGCAAAAGGAGUUGAGCUGAAAGAUAAGUUCCAAAACAUUGGAGCUAAAUUGGUGCAGGAUGUAGCAAAUAAUACUAAUGAAGAAGCUGGAGAUGGUACCACCACUGCAACUGUCCUUGCCAGGGCCAUUGCUAAGGAAGGUUUUGAAAAAAUUAGCAAAGGUGCAAAUCCCAUCGAAAUCCGAAGGGGUGUGAUGUUAGCUGUCGAUGUUAUUAAAGACCACUUGAAGGCAUUGUCUAAACCAGUCACUACUCCUGAAGAAAUAGCCCAAGUUGCCACUAUUUCAGCCAAUGGUGAUAGAGCUAUUGGCGAUCUUAUUUCAGCUGCUAUGAAGAAGGUCGGAAAGGAAGGUGUCAUUACUGUCAAAGAUGGGAAAACUUUGAAUGAUGAAUUGGAAGUCAUUGAGGGAAUGAAAUUUGACCGUGGAUAUAUUUCACCAUAUUUCAUUAAUACUGCCAAAGGUGCCAAAGUUGAAUUUCAAGACUGUCUGUUAUUACUUUCUGAAAAGAAGAUUUCUUCUGUCCAAAGUAUUAUUCCAGCUUUGGAGUACGCUAAUUCUAAGAGGAAACCUCUUGUUAUAGUUGCUGAAGAUAUUGAUGGUGAAGCUUUAUCAACUUUAGUUGUCAACAGGUUGAAAAUAGGUCUUCAAGUUGCUGCAGUAAAGGCUCCUGGAUUUGGUGAUAAUAGGAAGGCCACACUUCAGGAUAUAGCUAUUGCUACAGGUGGCAUUGUCUUUGGCGAUGAAGCUGACAUGGUCAAACUGGAGGAUGUGCAACCUUCUGAUUUAGGUCAAGUUGGUGAGGUUGUGAUAACUAAAGAUGAUACUCUCCUUCUCAAGGGUAAGGGCAAGCAGGCAGACAUUGACAAAAGGGCCAAUCAGCUAAGGGAUCUUAUUGCUGACACCACUUCUGACUACGAAAGGGAAAAGCUUCAGGAGCGUUUAGCUAGGCUGGCUUCUGGAGUAGCAGUACUGAAAGUUGGAGGUUCAUCUGAGGUUGAAGUUAAUGAGAAAAAGGAUCGUGUCAAUGAUGCCCUUAACGCUACUCGUGCCGCUGUUGAGGAGGGUAUUGUCCCAGGAGGUGGAACUGCCUUGCUCCGUUGUAUUGCCAAACUUAAUGAAUUGAAAACAGCCAAUGAUGAUCAAAAGACAGGUGUUGAUAUUGUGAGCAAAGCCCUGAGAAUGCCCUGUAUGACAAUAGCCCAAAAUGCUGGAGUUGACGCGGCAGUAGUCGUUAACAAAGUGCUCGAUGGUGAAGGAGAUAUGGGCUAUGAUGCCAUGAACAAUGAAUAUGUUAACAUGAUUGAAAGGGGCAUCAUUGAUCCAACCAAGGUUGUGAGGACAGCAUUGACAGACGCAGCUGGAGUAGCUUCACUUCUCACCACAGCUGAAGCUGUCGUGGCCGAAAUUCCAGCUAAGGAACCUGCUCUUCCUGGUGGUGGCAUGGGAGGAAUGGGUGGUAUGGGCGGCAUGGGAGGAAUGGGUGGUAUGAUGUAAAAAGACUGGACGAGGGGAGCUAAGAAAGGCUUGGCUAGGAGAAGUGGAUCUUUGUCAACUGUUUUCAAAUUAGCAACCAUCUUUUACUGACAGUCCUUUAGCUAUUUAAAGUCUCAAGACAUUGUACUUAGUGUAACAUUAAAGCAUUGUAUUACUAUUUGUCUGAAGUGGAAAAUUAGUCAAAUACAUUCCACAUUAAAUUUUAUAUUAAACCUGAUAUCUUAAUUUAAAAUUAUGUAUGUUGUAAUUGUUUAAGAACAAUUAUUUUGAGAUAUUUCUAUGACAAAUAUUUAUUUUUCAAUAUUUAUGUUGUUGGUUUUUUCAUUGUUAUAAGUAACUUCUUUUUUUCUUGUAAUAUUAAAAGUUACUAUGAACAGAAAAGGCUGUCAGAAUCAGAUGUUUUUUAAAGGACUUGUUGAUUAGUUUCUUCUCCUGCCUCAAUGUUGAUGGGCCUGGAGUUCACAGAGGACUGUAUAGCAGCGUUAUGUGAAACCUCUAACCGGCACAUAAUGUAGUCAAGUUGAUUAGUUUGUAGUUGUUAAUGUUUAUAACUUUAUGUUUAUUUUUUAAUGUUAAUUUUGUAUAUUAUACAAAGAUACAAAAAAGUCUGUAUAGCUUUAAGGUUCAUUUUUCUACUUUUGUUUAGUUUUUCUUUUUUUUUAUUAUAGAUUUUUCUAUGUACAAAUGUAUGUUUAUGUUGAAUUGAGAAAUUGUUGAUACCAGUGAAAGUUUUAUAUCAAAAACUAUAAAAUUAAAAAAUAAUAAAAUUGCAUUCAUAAUUAU